UCGCUCUUGUUUAAGGGGAGGAACCAAAUAGUUGCUAAAUCAACACCCAGGCGGCUCCGGACGUAGCGCUUAGUGUUGUUGUGUAGAAGAAGCCAGAAGCAGAUCUGUGUGCGGAUCAAUCUCAGAAAACCAUAAUGGGUUUGAAGGAGGAAUUUGAGAAGUACGCAGAGAAAGCCAAGAUUUUGCCAGAAAGUACAUCGAAUGAGAACAAACUCAUUCUCUAUGGACUGUACAAGAGAGCCACUGCUGGACCUGUCAACACCAGCCGCCCAGGAAUGCUCAACAUGAAGGAUAGAGCCAAGUGGGAUGCUUGGAAGGCUGUUGAAGGGAAAUCAGAGGAAGAAGCAAUGAGUGACUACAUUACAAAGGUGAAACAGCUCAUGGAAGAAGCAGGCAUUGCUAUCUGAAAACAUUUUCAUCUUUCUUCGUUUUGUUUUUGCUCAUUCUUAUGCUACAAAAUUCUCAGGAUAUUGAAAACAAACAGUUAGUAAUGUUUAUUCUCAUACUAUCA